AUUGCUCGUAUUUAUCAACAGGUAAUAGCAAACGUAGUUGCGGAAAUUGCCGUUUGAGAAACAAACAUGGCCGUCUUAAAUUGAAAACAGUGUUUACAAGGUGAAGAAUUUAUAACAUCUUUUCGAGACGACAAUAUGGAUGUUCACUUUUACGUGUGACAGGGUGCCUGCCAAGAAGGCAUUGCAGUUCUUUAGCGAGCGUCUGCAGAACGGUACCGCGGUGAACAGCUGUCCUUCUGAGGUUCUUUUCUGGAGACUUAACUGAUUGCAAUCGGAGAGGCACUCUGCUGCAUUUUGCUAAUUGAUCAGCGCAGUGGAAGGAAAAGAUGAUAGUGCUCGUGAUUUUUGGUACUCUCGUGACACUGUCUUCCGCCCAAUUCCAGCCGCAACCCAGUGGGCGGAUUCUGGAACCUCCUAUACCGACGCUUUGUGCACAAAGAAUUAUCCAUCAACAAUUCAACGGGAAGGGCUAUUACUUCUCGUGGGUUGAUCCGAGGACGAAGGGCCAGGAGAUGGAUUGGCUUGCGAGCAGAAACUUCUGCAGACAACGUUGCAUGGACCUAGUUUCCCUGGAGACCUCCGCCGAGAACGAGUUCAUCAAGAACCGCAUCGUUCAAAACAAGGUGAAGUAUAUCUGGACCUCUGGCCGCCUCUGUGACUUCAAGGGUUGUGACCGACCAGACUUACAACCCCUUCACAUCAACGGCUGGUUCUGGACCGCUGAGUUGCAGAAACUCGCGCCAACUAACGAUCGCAGCCAAAACGAUUGGUCCGAGAGCGGCGGCAUCGGCAAGCCACAACCGGACAAUCGCGAAGCUAUCCAGGGUGGUGCACCUGAGAAUUGUCUGGCGAUUCUCAAUCAGUUCUAUAAUGACGGAGUAAACUGGCACGACGUGGCGUGCCAUCACAAGAAACCGUGGGUUUGCGAAGAAAACGAAUCUCUGCUGAGACACGUUCGUUUUACUAAUCCUACUCUCCGUGUGUAAGGAGAAAGAAAUUUCGGAGAAUGACAGCCCCAUUUCCGGUCGAACGGUUUAAACAUUUACAAAGUCACAUGACAAUAAUUAAAAGCGCGUCUAUGCGUUAGAGAAGCGACUGAGUAGUAUAUAAUAUACGCUCUACAGAGCAUCUUAUUUAUUAUAUCAUGACGUUAUUAAUACCUCAAUAUUUAUUUGAUUGAAAUGAUAGUGCAUGAAUUAUUUAAUGCUUCUUAAACAGGAUUGUACACAUUUCUUAAUAUUGAAAAAUAUCACUAUUCAUAUUCAUGGAUUUAAUCGUAGAUAAAUGGAAAAUUAUAUAGCAAUUCAGGAUUCCUAGGAUACUGUUGUGUAGUUUAUAAAAAAUUAUUUAAAAUUAUAUAUACACAUAUAUUCAUUCAUAAAAUAAUACUAAUAGUACAUUCCAGAUAGUAAUAAAUUUGCCAAUGAAUAUCUCUAUAUAUUUCUUCACUAACAAAAAAUCAUAUUACUUAUUGUAAUUGAUUUUAUGCAGAAGUUUACAAUGUAUAAAAUAUACUUACAUUAUUAAAAUAUAUAUAAUUAUAAUAGA